AUGUCGCCAUCUGAGCUCCAAUAUCAUCUGUCGCCUGACCAGCAAACCUUACUUGUUGCUGCUCUGGCUUCCAAUCGCCUUUCUAGCUCGAACAAGGCAUCAGCAAAUGAUAGAACAUCGAAACCAUCUGACAAAGAAAAGAAUGACGAGCAUUCUGCAAAGCAAAAUGGAUAUCAGAACAAUACAAAUGGUCACUCGAACCAGUCUGCGCAGAAUACGCUGACAUCGGGCCUAUAUCCGGAGCCUGACGAUUGCCCGUUUGGCUUUGACCUCGACGUAGAUGUGGAUGACAAGUUCGAUUUCGAUAGCAGUGGGCAGUUCAUUGAUGACUUUCCAGGGGAUGUUUCACAAAUCGAUGCAGGUGACCUUCACGAGAAAAGGAAAAGUAUUGGGGACAAGGACGAUGAAGAGGAAGGUGGUGGAAAAAGGAGGGAAAGUGAAGGUGGGCCCGGCAAGAAACCAGGCCGUAAGCCACUUACAGCUGAACCAACCACCAAGCGCAAAGCACAAAACCGGGCUGCCCAACGAGCCUUCCGUGAGCGCAAGGAGAGACAUUUGAAAGAUCUGGAAACCAAAGUGGAGGAUCUGGAAAAGGCAUCCGAAACCACAAACAAUGAAAAUGGGCUACUCCGUGCUCAGGUGGAGCGACUUCAGGUUAAGCUCGAGGAAUAUCGAAAGAGACUAUCAUGGAUCGGCAGCAGCGGCCAGGGUGUGAGCCCUUCCCUCGGAUCUGGUGCUCCUGGUGCUGCAGCAAGAAAUUCUCUCAACUCAAAUCACAAUGAUUUCCAAUUUGAGUUCCCUCGAUUUGGGGAUCCUCCUACCAAUAAUCUUCCCAACAAGGCCACGUCGGCUGACAAGGCAAAUAACCGCUCCUUGCAGUUAGCAACGCUUCCCUCCGAACCGAGCAGCUUUGGUGUACCGGGUAUCGUUGGGCGGACUUCGCGGACUUCGUUGCCAAGCUCGAGCCCACAGAUGCCGGGGCCAAGUCACAGAUCCACUGGUAACUCCCCUACGAGUGCCUCAAACCUUUCGCCCUCGGUACCCAACAUACAAAGCUAUGCCAGUGCCAGCAGCCUUGACAGCUUCAGUGGACUUUUUAGUCCGUCGAUUCUGGAAGCAAGUCGGCAGGCUUCAACCGGCUACUUUACCCAGAACAACAGUAACCACUCCAAUCAAGUAUCUCGCAACAACUCAGACCAACACAUCAGUCCAGUUGCAAACGUGCGACAGUACAGCACUUCAAGUUUGACCAACUCAAAUUCGCCUGCCUCGUCGUAUGAGUCACAGCAGAAUGGCUCAUCCAUUGGGACGUCUCCUGAGCCAAGCCUGAGCUCUCCAGCUCAAAAGAUGACGGACUAUGGUCUCAACACAAUCAAUGAAGAGAACCAACCGCAAAUUCAUUUUGGUGGCUCUUUUGUUACUCCCAAUUUUGACCCUAAUUCGUUCAAUUGGUUCGCCCAGCAGAACGGCGGUGGAUUUGACCCUGUACUGUUUGGCGAUUAUAGAGAGCCUCAGGACGCGGUAGCUUCGCAAGAUUUUGGGGCUUUCUUCAAUGAUGCCUUUCCACUUCCAGAGUUGGGAAGCCCUGAGCAUAAUUUCAACGAGGUUGGCCCAAGCCCAGCGAAGCCGGAUCUUAUGGCGCAGGUCGAGGCAGCUCAAGAUGGGAAAGAGGAACAUGCUACCAGUGAAGAUGGCUCAAAGAUGAUUGGCUGCAACCAAGUUUGGGAUCGAUUGCAAUCUAUGGAGAAGUUUCACAACGGAGAAAUUGAUGUCGAAAGUCUUUGCACCGAUUUAAGAUCCAAAGCUCAUUGCUCGGAAGGGGGCGCUGUGGUUCACCAGAAAGACGUUGAUAAUAUCCUCAGCUCGGCACGAUAG